CCCUCUCUGUGUUCAGUGUGUAUAUAUAUACACCAAUUUGCACUAGAGCUACAAGUUAAAGGAAGAAGAAGAGUAAGAGAGCAUGAGCAGAGGAAUCCCUACUCUCCUCCUUCUCCUUCCUCUAUCUGCCCUGCUACUCUACUGCAUUAAUUCUCACCUUCUCAUGCAGAACUACGACUCGAGGUUCGUCCUCUUCGCCUUCCUGUGGUGCGGCUUGGUGGCCCUUUUAGGGUACCUCUCUACGCGGCCUCGUGCCGUUUUACUGCUCGACUACGCCUGCUUCCUCCCCGACGCCGACCGCAAGUGCGGCCUCGAGGUGUGCGAGUACUUCGUCCGGCGAACUGGUCGGUACAGCGGCGCCAGUGAGGAUUUCAUGAGCAGCAUCUACCGCAAGUCCGGCCUCGGCGGCGAGACCUACGUGCCGGCCUUCAUCUUCCGGGGAGAGACGGAGGCUGGUUUGGAGGCGGCUCGGGAGGAGGCGGAGGAGGGCAUGACCCUCGCCGUCGACCAGCUGCUCGCCAAGACCGGCGUCCCGGUCUCGGCCGUCGAUCUGCUGGUGGUCGCGUGCGGGAUGUUCGCGCCCAGCCCUUCGCUGGCGUCGGUGCUGCUCCGUCGAUACGGGCUUCCGGAGUCGACCGCCGCCUACAACCUCAGCGGCAUGGGGUGCAGCUCCGGCGUGUCGGCCGUUGACCUCGCCGCCAGGGUACUCCGCGGCUCCCGCCGGCGGGUCCGCUACGCGCUCGUGGUGGUCACCGAGAGCAUCGGCCCCAACUGGUACUUCGGCGACGACCGGUCGAUGCUGGUCACCAACUGCAUCUUCCGGGUGGGCGGCGCCGCCGUGCUGCUGACCAACGACCCGGCCAAGCGCGGCGCCGCGCGGAUGGAGCUCGUCCGCUCCCUCCGCACUCACCACGGCGCGGACGACGCGUCCUACCGCGCCGCCUUCCAGCAGGAGGACGAGGCGGGGACCACCGGCGUCGCGCUGAGGAAGGACCUCAUCCGAGUCGCCGGCGCGGGGCUCCGGGCCCACAUACGCUCGCUGGCGCCCAAGGUGCUGCCCUGGUCGCAGCUGCUUCUGUACACGUACCAGACGCUGACGUCGGCCAAUUGGAGGCAGGCGGCGGCGGCGGAUGAGGAUAAACAGGCGGACGACGUGGCAGCGGUGCCGGACUUCCGGAGGGCGUUCGAGCACAUGUGCGUGCACACGGGAGGGAAGGCAGUGAUCGAGGCGGUGGGGCGGCUGAUGCGGCUGGAGGAGGAGGUGACGGAGGCGGCGCGGAUGACUCUCCACCGGUUCGGCAACACGUCGAGCAGCCUGGUGCUGUACGAGCUGGCCUACUUGGACGCGAAAGGGCGGGUAAAGAGAGGCGACAGGGUGUGGAUGCUGGCGUUCGGGACGGGAUUCAAGGUGUGCAGCCUGGUGUGGAGGGCGCUCAGGGACUCCGCCAUGGACGCCGCCGGCGACAACCCGUGGAAGGAUUGCAUCCACCGCUACCCCUUGAAGGCUUGGUGAUCCCUGAACCGCUGCUAGUGCAAUUUUAAACAGUCAGAUUCUGUUAAAUUAAAUAAACAAAAAACAGAGGAAGAAGGGCAGUGUAGUCAACGUUUGGCGUUGUGUUGACUUUUUUGGAUUUCUAUCAAUCUUGACUUCGAUGUCACCAUUAUAAAUCUUAAACGUAUUAAUUCGUAUAAUUAU